GCAGCCUCUCGUUGCCUGGAGGAUACUGGGUCUUGAAAGAGGUCGUACUCGUCGGUUCCGUGCUUAAUUCCGUAGGUUUCGGAUAGGACAGAGCUGUAUCUGGUGCCAGAAGCCAUAUUAGCAUGGCCGUAUAACCCCAAUUGGCCUUCCUGUCCAUUUUGAAAACCAUGUCCAAGAAGUAUUUUGGCAAUAAUCAAAGCAAACAACAAUUUUUUUUUCACAAUAUCGAGGGGGUUGGCCCAAUAUAAAUACCAACCAAGUAAGACAACAAGAGUAAAUGAAAGACAGGGGAAAGUAACAAUGUCUCGGCAAGCCCGAAUGAACGAGUCAACGAGCACAGCUAAGAAGAAAGAAAGACCAAAACAAGAACACGAAGCCCCAAUUGAAAAUUCCCAGGGAGGGUCCCAAAGUGACGGGUUGAAGAAACGACAGAAGCAAAGUCCCUUCAGGCCCAGAACAAAACCGAAGAUGUCAGAAAGAAAAGUGAGGACUUACCGAUGGCUGUCAAUCAAAUAUAAACAUUCCAGUCCGGUACUCGUUCAGGAAUUCUCGAUUAGUGGGCCGGGGUCACCGACGCGGUUCGAAUACCAGGUGACAGGAAGGGUUUCGGCAGGUACACAGCAGAUGCCGGCUCAACCCUUGUGGUACUAGUAAGUGUAGGAGUUCCUUACUAUGAUAGCGGAAUCAACCGUUUAUGAAUAGAGCUCUCGAC